AUGAAUGCCUCUGCCGCGACGACGACGCCUCAGACGGGCAGCAGACUGCGCAACACCUACGUGGGGGACAGCGCAGAGGACGAUGACGGAUCAUGGGACGAGGGUGCGCCUUUGCUGUCCAGGUCCAUUCAGCGCUCUUCAACUGCGCCAAUGUAUCCCGGUUACGGCUCGAACGACCCUCGCCAGAGAGUGAGCCGACGCGGGUCCAGCAGAUCCUCCAGAACGAAGCUAGCCACCCCUUUCCAGAACGACAGCUACAAUGUCAACUAUCCCCCGUCGAUGCCUGGGUCACCGACCUUCCGACCCUCGGAUCCGUUGAACCUGAGCUUCGGGGAUGUUAUGAUCCACGACGACGAGAUCAAUAUCCAUGCUUCGCCGCGCAGCAGUCACAGGAGCAGCGUGGGCUCCCAUUCCGACCGCGAUGGCCGUAAUGAUUUAUCACCUGAUAUGGCACGGAGGAACACCAUCGCCUUGACCGCUCAGGAGGACGUUUGUUUCCCGAGUGGCAUCUCCGAAAUCGGUGACGAGGAGGGGCAUCCGCAGGACCCAGCAACCAAACAACGCCCCAGGCGUCGUCGUCGCCGUUGGCCGGACCUCGCUAUUCUUGAAGAAUGGAGCCGCUUCGAAAAGGAAGGACGCAGCGAUGAGAGACGCGUCAAGCGCAUUACUGAGCCUCAGCUCAUCAACGGUCGUCUGCGGCCCAUUACCCGAGAGUGGUAUCGUGCCGAGGAGGAUGCGCCCUACAGGUUCACCUACUUCAACGAGGAGUUUCAGAGCACUAUUCACAGUCAAACGAUAUCGGAGCUCGUGCAACCUGGUGGUAACUUCCAGGAGUUGUUCAUCCCGGAGCCGCUGUGGUGGCUCGAUGUGCUCUCACCCACCGAAGCAGAAAUGAAGGUGCUAUCCAAAGCUUUCGGUAUUCACCCGCUUACCGCUGAGGAUAUCAUGGUCCAAGAGGCGCGAGAGAAGGUGGAAUUGUUCCGCCACUACUACUUCGUCAACUACCGAUCUUUCGAUCAGGACCAAAACAGCGAAGACUACCUGGAACCCGUCAACAUGUAUGUCAUCGUCUUCCGCGAGGGCGUCAUCAGCUUCCACUUCUCCAUGACACCACAUCCCGCCAACGUGCGACGUCGUAUCCGUCAGCUCAAGGACUACCUGAUUGUAAACUCCGACUGGAUCUCGUACGCCAUUAUUGACGACAUCACGGACGUAUUUGUGCCGCUGAUUCAAAACAUCGAGGACGAAGUCGACGACAUAGACGACGAAAUCUUGAGGCUCCACUCCACGACUGGCAACACCAAGAAUGAUGCACUUGAUGAGAAGGCAAGCAACGCAGGAACAUCAGUAGGAUCCGAGGGUGAUAUGCUUCGAAGGGUGGGCGACUGCCGCAAGCGUGUCAUGAGUCUCUACCGUCUGCUUGGCAACAAGGCAGAUGUCAUCAAGGGCUUCGCGAAACGUUGUAAUGAGCGCUGGGAGGUUGCCCCGAGGUCAGAUAUUGGACUGUACCUGGGCGACAUUCAGGAUCAUAUUGUGACCAUGACGUCCAACCUCAGUCACUACGAAAAGAUCCUAGCCCGGUCUCACGGCAAUUACCUGGCGCAGAUCAACAUCCGUAUGAACGAGCGACAAGAGCAAACGGCGGACGUGCUCGGCAAGCUGACCGUUCUGGGUACCAUCGUGUUGCCUAUGAACAUCAUCACUGGCCUGUGGGGUAUGAACGUGUGGGUACCUGGCCAGGAGUAUGAGGGCGACUUGAAAUGGUUCUGGGCGAUCACGGCAGGCCUAUUGGCAUUUGGUAUGGGAUGCUACCUGAUUGCGAAGCGGGUUUAUAAUAUUGUAUAA